AUGACCGACAGGACGGGGCUGAGUGCCCUAAAAGGUGCUCGGCUGGUGGCAUCUAUUACAUCAGUGUGUGCUCCGUCAUUUUUGCUUUUUGGCUAUGACCGAGGUGUCAUUUCUGGGGUUGUAAUCUACGAGUAUUGGCUCGAGGCCAUGGGACACCCUAGCACUGUUAUGACGGACACUAUCACUGCUCUAUAUGAUAUUGGCGCAGUAUUUGGAGCCAUUGGUGCUGCUUUGACGGUUGAAAGGUUUAGACGAAAGCGCGGGCUACUUACCGGGGCAGCUCUCAUUGUUAUAGGUGCUAUACUAAUGGGUUGUUGCGUGGAGAGGAUUCAGAUGAUAGUUGGUAGAAUCGUGACUGGCUUAGCAUGCUCUAAUAUUUAUGGUAUCUCAUUUUAUAAGUAUCGGAUUUCUCACUCCCAUCGCCCCUGUAUACCAAAGCGAGAUCUGUUUACCCAGUCAACGUGGAUGGCAUUUAUCAUGCCAACUAUCAACAAUGUUGUUCGGAUUAAUGCUGGCCUAUUGGGUCAGCUACGGCUUCUACUUUCACCCCGGGGCUGUGCAAUGGCGGUUCCCUAUUCCGUUUCAAGCUGUCUUUGCGAUUUAUAUUCUCGCCUUUGCACGCUUCCUACCAGACACACCACGCUGGCUUAUGUUGCACGAGGCAACGCCAGGGAAGGAACCUAUGUCUUGUCAAAGCUGCGUGAUAAACCAACUGACGAUCGAAUGGUGCAAAAGGAGAAGAACGAGAUUCUCUCCGCAAUCAAUAUCGAAGCUGAAGAGGAAGGGCCUUGGAAGUCACGUUUCUCAGAUGGAGGUUGUCCAGCAAACAAGCGGUUCUUCUUGGCAGUUGGAAUCCAAUUCAUGCAGCAGACUUCUGGUGAGAUUUCAUGCUCGGACUGGGUACGAACUCUCCCUGAUCAAACAGGAAUCAACAUUGUGACUUACUAUGCUCCCACCUUGCUAAAGAGCUCUUUAAACAUGACACAAGAGCGGGGACUUUUUGUCAGCUGCUUUCUCCAGGUGUGGUAUAUCAUAGCUUCGUUUUUGACGUGGCAUAUGAUCGAUGCAGUUGGUCGUCGGCGGCUAUACAUUAGCAUGUCACUUGGGAUGUGUGUUGUGUUGAUCUGUGAGGCUGCAACAGUAGCGGCCAAUAAUCAACGGCCUGCUAUUGCUGCUGUCUUCUUCAUCUUUGCGUUUGAAGCUUGCUUUACACGGGGUUGGAUGGCUACAGUAUGGGUAUACCUACCCAGCGGAAAUCCUCCCUCUAAAGAUUCGUUCAAAGGGAUCUGCGCUCGCAGCUGCAGCGGACUUCCUUGGAAACUUUCUGUAAAUCGUUCUGACUCGCCACAGGUCGUCAAAAUUGCACCCCCGGCUCUAGAAAAUAUUGGCUAUAAAACAUACAUUAUCUUCGCGGUCUUCAACCUCGUCACUGCAUUAAUCGUGUGGUGUUUAUACCCGGAGACUUCAUAUCUCAACUUGGAAUCAGUUGAACUGUUAUUCCUCCCAGACGAAGCUCGCGAUCAGGAAAUUGCUUCAGAGGAGACAUUCCUACAAAGGUCUUUCCAGUGGAGUGUUGUUCCUAGAGCACGAAUGGCUGUCAACGAGGCAAAGGCUAGACAAAUGGCAGGCCUUGAUCUCAUUGCAAUCGAUAUUGAAGCCGAUGAUAUUCCCCACGGAUUAAAGAAAGAAUUGGCAUCUGAUCACGUCGAGUUUAGGGAAUGA